CAGCUAACUAAACAGCGUGCUGAAUUUUUAUCUGCCCGUUUCCGUGGCCGUGCCAUCCGGGGCCACCCGAUACCCCUCUCCAGGUUGGGUUACACAGGCUGCGGCCUUGAUGCCGCAUGCAGCGCCCGGCUGGAAACCCUCCCCGAGCAGAGAGGCUCAGCAAACUCCGGCUUUCCUUUGAGUUGAUAAUGAAGAAGGAAAACAGUUUUGCCUUUAACUAUGACUUCUCAGGAAGAGGUUCAAGAGACAAAUCCCACUACUGGAAGUCUUGAAAUCAUCUCCGUUACAGAAGAUGAACCGCCAGUACCACAAAUUCAGUUUACCUUCAAAAGAUUUUUCUUCAUACCCCAAGCAAGAGUGGACCCGAGUGCAGAUGGAUCCGGAGAUAUUGAACCACCUUCAAUGUGCCAUGCUCUUGUCUCCCUAAAAUACUUCCCAUACAUCUGUGGUUUAUUCCUUGCAGUAAUCCUAGCAGUUGCCAUUGGCCUGGGUGUCCAGUACAACUGCAUUGGGAAGUUUCGCUGUCGAUCAUCCUUUAAGUGCAUCCAGAAAUCAGCCAGGUGCAAUGGCGUCUUCAACUGUAAAGAAGGGGAGGAUGAGUACAGAUGUGUCAGGCUGAGUGGGAAGAGGGCAGUGCUGCAGGUGUUCACCUUUGGCUCCUGGCGCACGGUCUGCUCCGACGACUGGAGGGCAGAGUAUGGGAACACCACCUGCAAGCACCUGGGCUUCUCAAGUUAUGUGAGUUCAGGUUACCUGCCCGUGGCUGCAGUUGAAAAACAGUUCCAAAGACAUUUCGUGUCCCUCGGCCACUGGUUCUCAGCUGAUCAAGUGACAUCCCUGCACAAUGCCACCAACCUCAGGGAGGAAUGCACUUCUGGCAAUGUGAUCAUCUUAAAGUGUUUGGCGUGUGGGACUCGCGCCAGCUACGGGCCGCGCAUCGUGGGGGGCAACGCGUCGUCACCGCGGCAGUGGCCGUGGCAGGUCAGCCUGCAGUUCCAGGGCCACCACCUGUGUGGAGGCUCGGUCAUCACCCCGCUCUGGAUCCUCACGGCUGCCCACUGCGUCUACGACCUGUACUUGCCGAGCUCCUGGAGCGUUCAGGUUGGUUUUGUGACCCAGCAGGACACCCAGGUUCACCCACAUUCAGUGGAAAAAAUCAUUUACCAUCGGAAUUAUAAGCCCAAGACUAUGGGGAAUGACAUAGCACUGAUGAAACUGGCAGCACCUCUGGCUCUCAAUGGUCACACUGAACCCAUCUGUCUGCCCAAUUUUGGUGAACAUUUCCCAGCAGGGAAAAUGUGUUGGGUAUCAGGAUGGGGAGCAACUGUGGAAGGAGGUGACACAUCUGACACCAUGAAUUAUGCAGGUGUUCCUCUGAUUUCCAAUGCAAUUUGCAAUCACAGGGACGUCUACGGUGGGAUCAUAACUUCUUCAAUGCUUUGUGCUGGUUUCCUAAAGGGAGGGGUGGACACCUGCCAGGGAGAUAGUGGGGGGCCUUUAGCAUGUGAAGAUAUGAGUGUCUGGAAGCUGGUGGGGACCACCAGCUUUGGAGUGGGCUGUGCAGAGAAGAACAAGCCAGGCGUCUACAGCAGAACCACCUCCUUCCUGGACUGGAUCCAUGAGCAGAUGGAGAGAGAAGAACUGAAGACCUGAGGGGAGUGGCCGUGCUCUGGGCUCCUGAAAACCCACAUCUCACUCCAGCCCUGCAGAAGGACCCAGCCCACUCUUCUGGUCACCUGCUCUGAGCUCUGGACCUUCACAGAGCACCUUUCAGCGUUUCUUUUUGUUACUGGCAGCUGCACUUGAUGCAAACUGUUGCACAUUCAGCCUGUUUUGGGUGCAAGAAGCAGAUGGAUGAUCAGUAUGUGUGUUUACUGUCAGCUACAGAUUGCACGUGGAGAAAAAAAAGCUAAGGCAGAUAACCCUGAAUGCUGUCACAAUAAAGUUUUGCAGAAGAAGACUAGAAUAACUAUAGAUCAGGUUGCUCACUGUUAUUUUUGUACUUAACCUUCCAAGAACAAGACUACAAAAAUACCUUUUUUCCUGAAAGCAUUCAUUUGGUACACAAGAGGUCUGUGCUCUGUUGCACAGGCAGCAGCAGCUUCCUUUGAAUCCAAAAGCAAGCAGGGAGCAGAAGGUUGGCACUUUAGACAAGUACCUUCAACUCUUAGAAAAAAUAACCUCUGAAUUCAAAUGUAUUGUCAUGUCACUGUGAACAAAGUUCAUAAAAAUCAAAUUCUUGUGUGUUUUCCUGCAGUAAAUAGCUCUGAAAUGGGCAACAGGUUGUAACUAGACUGGAA